AUAAGAUUUUUUUUUGGAUUAUUAAUAUUAAUUCCUUUAUGUUUUAUUUCUAAUUUUUGAUUAGUACAAUAUAUUUUUUUUAUUUUUACUUUUCUAUUUUUUUUUAAUAUUUCAAUAACUUAUUUAUGAGUAAAUAUUUCUUAUAUAUUAGGAAGAGAUAUAUUAUCUUAUUCUUUAAUUUUAUUAAGAUUUUGGAUUUGUAGAUUAAUGAUUUUAGCUAGAGAAAAAAUUUUAAAAUUAAAAAAUUAUAGUAAUCUUUUUUUAUUUAUUAUAGUAAAUUUAAUAUUAUUUUUAUAUUUAGCUUUUUCUUCUAUAAAUUUAUUUUUAUUUUAUUUAUUUUUUGAAAUUAGUUUAAUUCCUACAUUAAUUUUAAUUAUUGGAUGGGGAUAUCAACCUGAACGAAUUGAGGCUGGGGUUUAUUUGUUAUUUUAUACUUUAUUAGUUUCAUUACCAAUAAUGGUUUCAAUUUUUUUUUAUUAUCAAAAUUAUCUGAGAUUAGAUUAUUAUUUUAUAAAAAAUGAUUUAAUUAAUAUUUUUAUAUAUUUAUGUAUGAAUUUUGUAUUUUUUGUAAAAAUACCUAUAUUUUUUGUUCAUUUAUGAUUACCUAAGGCUCAUGUUGAAGCUCCAGUUUCUGGAUCUAUGAUUUUAGCUGGAAUUAUAUUAAAAUUAGGCGGGUAUGGUUUAAUACGAUUAAUAAAUUCAUUUUUAACAAUUGGCAUAAAAUAUAAUUUUAUUUUUAUUAUUAUUAGAUUAGUUGGGGGAUUUUUUAUUUCUUUAAUAUGUUUACGGCAAAGAGAUAUUAAAUCUUUAAUUGCUUACUCUUCAGUUGCUCAUAUAGGUUUAGUAUUAGCUGGAAUUAUAACUUUAAAUGUAUGAGGGUUUUGGGGUUCUUUAGUAAUAAUAUUAGCACAUGGAUUAUGUUCAUCAGGUUUAUUUUGUUUAGCAAAUAUUGCUUAUGAACGGAUUUUAAGUCGUAGAUUAUAUUUAAAUAAAGGUAUAAUAAAUAUUUUACCUAGUUUAUCUUUAUGAUGAUUUUUAUUUAGAGCUUCAAAUAUGGCUGCUCCACCAUCAUUAAAUUUAUUAGGGGAAAUUAUUUUAAUUAAUAGAUUGGUAAGAUUUAGAAAAUAUUUAAUAAUUUUUUUAGGUUUAACUUCAUUUUUUAGUGCUGCUUAUUCUUUAUUUUUAUAUGCUUAUUCUCAACAUGGGACUUAUUAUUCUAGAAUUUUUAGAAUUUUUAGAGUUACUUUUCGAGAAUAUUUAUUAUUAUUUUUGCAUUGAAUUCCUUUAAAUAUUUUAGUUUUAAAAAGAGAAUAUUAUACAUUAUGAAUUU